CUCAAUCCAAAGUAGACAUGAAAUCAAUCAUCUGUGUUGUUCUCGUUGCCGGUCUGGUUGGAGUCAACGCUCUAACCGAGGAACAGCUCAAGAAAGCCGAUGGGUUCGCCACCACUUGCCUGGCCAAAUCGAACGGAGUAACCAAGGAUUCGGUCGGCAAGCUGCGUGGCGGUGAUUUCGCUAACGUUGAUCAGGACUUGAAAUGCUUCACCAAGUGCUUCCUGGAACAGGCCGGAUUCAUGAGCGCCGAUGGACAACUGGUGCAGGGUUACGCUGUCGAGAGACUGUCCCAGGACCGUGAGAAGGGCAAGGUGGAAUCUCUAGUUCAGAAGUGCAGUGUCCAGAAGGAUGAUCCAUGCGAAACCGCUUUCCGAGCUUUCGAGUGCUACUAUAAUGGAAAGGCAGCUUUACUCUAAAUGUGAUGUGAUAAAAAAUUAGUUUACUGGAACAUGAUGUGUUUGGCAAUAAAGCGGAAGUUGUACCACCCAUUA